GCAUUCCCCGCAGUGGACACGGAGCGCUGUCACCCAACGAAGCCCUUCCGGUGUCCGUCGUCUGCCACGGUGUGCAUCUCCAUCCAGUACCUGUGCGACGGCGCACCGGACUGUCCCGAUGGCUACGACGAGGACCCCAGACUCUGCACUGCAGCCAAGCGGCCCCCAGUUGAGGAGACCGCCAACUUCCUGCAGACCCUGCUGAGUAACCACGGACCCAACUACCUGGAGAAGCUAUUCGGCGCUAAAGCCAGGGAUGCCCUCGCACCCCUUGGAGGAGUGCAGAAAGUGGCCGUAGCACUUUCAGAGGGCGAGACACUUGAAGACUUCGGCAAGGCCCUGCACCUGAUGCGCUCGGACCUGGAGCACCUCCGCAGCGUGUUCAUGGCCGUCGAGAGCGGGGACAUCAGCCUGCUUCGUUCCUUGGGCAUCCGGGACUCAGAGCUGGCCGACGUCAAGUUCUUCUUGGACAAGCUUGUGGCCACCGGCUUUAUGGACUAG